AUGGCGUUGAAACCCAGUCGCCAUUUUUGCCCAGCCAUUGUCACGAAGACGAAGCUUAUCUACUCGUUUCAAAGCUCCCUCUGCUUCCGUUUCUUGAGGUACAGUUCAUCGAUUUCAAUAGGGACCCGUAACGGGAUUAUUGCUUCUGGUUCGAGUAGUGAUCAAUCUCCGACGAAAAGAAUUAGCUUUUCUCCGGCGAACAAGUUAAAAAGUAGUAUUAGGGAUUGUAAUGGAAAGUGGCUGGAGAAUUGGAGCAGAAUCCAGAAAGGUAAUCGACUUAGACCUCCGAAGGUAGUUGUAAAUUAUCGAAAAGAAGGCAGAUUUGCGAGUGGCGAUGUUACUAGUAGAGAGGGUGAUGGUGUUACAAUGGAGAAGAUUGUGGAGAAAUUGAGAAAGUAUGGAUAUUUGGAAGAUGGUGAGAAGGUUGAUAAUAAUGAGAGAAGGAUAGAGAAAGGAUCUGUGGAGGAUAUCUUCUAUGUUGAAGAAGGGAAGUUACCGAAUACGAGAGGUGGAUUCAGUGAGGAAUCAGUAUUAGGAGGAAGCAAUGGAGAAGUUGAGUUUCCAUGGGGGAAGAUAAGUGUUGAGGAGAGGAAAGAGUUGGAAUCAGAGUGGACGGCGCAGAAGGAGAGUAGGUACUCGCUUGCGGAGAUGACACUUCCGGAGUCGGAGCUGAGGAGGUUGAGGAACCUGACGUUUCGAACGGCGAGCAAGAUGAAGAUCCGUGGCGCGGGUGUGACUCAGGUGGCUGUGGAUUCGAUUAAGGAGAAGUGGAAAAAGUCAGAGAUUGUGAGGUUGAAGAUUGAAGGAGCAAGCUCGCUUAACAUGAGAAAGAUGCAUGAGAUAUUAGAGAAGAAAACUGGUGGCUUGGUGAUAUGGAGGUCAGGGACAUCCAUUUCUUUGUACAGAGGUGUGAGUUAUGAGCUUCCAGCAGGAAAAUGGAACAAGCAAAAGAGAGAAGAGACAUCACCUUCUUCCUUACCUGCAACGAUGACUACGGUGGAUGAUAAUAGAGAUGGUGAAGAAGUUAAGCUUCCUCAGCUAGAGCAAGAGACGACUAGUGUGACAAAGAAAGACGAGACGUCUCAACAAGAAUUGGAGUAUGAGAAUGAAAUUGAUGGACUGAUAGAUGGUCUUGGUCCUAGAUACAUGGACUGGCCAGGAGAUCAUCCGUUACCUGUAGAUGCUGAUUUACUUCCAGGUGCUGUUCCUGGUUACGAACCGCCUUUCAGGAUACUUCCUUAUGGAGUGAAAUCAUCUCUGGGACCAAAGGAGGCAACAGCUUUGAGAAGACUUGCCAGAUUUCUUCCUCCACAUUUUGCUUUAGGUCGGAGUAGGCAGCUUCAAGGCUUGGCGACAGCAAUGGUUACGUUAUGGGAAAAGAGUAUGCUUGCAAAGAUUGCGAUGAAACGUGGUGUACAGUUGACCACCAGUGAGAGAAUGGCUGAAGAACUCAAGAAACUGACAGGAGGCAUACUGCUCUCAAGGAACAAAGACUUCUUGGUUUUCUACAGAGGGAAGAACUUUUUGUCAAGAGAAGUAUCUGAGGCAUUGGUGAAGCAGGAGAGAUUUGUAAAGAGUUUGCAGGACGAAGAAGAACAAGCACGUUUAAGAGGAUCACUGGCCCUGAUUGUCCCAAGUACUACUGAACCUACAAAUACACUUGUUUCUGCUGGUAGUCUUGGUGAGACUCUUGACGCGUCUGGUAAGUGGGGAAAGAAUCUGGAUGAUGAUCAUCAUGCAGAGGAGGUGAAACAUGAGGUUAAGAAAUUGAGGCAUGAAACUCUUGUCAGGAAGCUGGAAAAGAAACUUUCUCUUGCUGAGUGGAAGCUGUUGAAAGCUGAGCGUGCUUUGGCUAAGGUGGAAGAGUGUUUAAAGCCAGCAGAGCAGAGAGGAGACCAAGAAAGCAUUACUGACGAAGAGAGAUUUAUGUUUCGGAAGCUCGGUUUGAAGAUGAAAGCUUUCUUGCUUCUCGGUAGGCGAGGAGUGUUUGAUGGUACGGUGGAGAACAUGCACUUACACUGGAAAUACAGAGAGCUUGUCAAAAUCCUCGUCAAGGCUAAAACUUUCGACGGUGUAAAGCAUGUAGCAUUAGCCCUUGAAGCCGAGAGUGGUGGUCUACUAGUUUCCAUUGACAAGGUCUCUAAAGGUUAUGCCAUUAUUGUGUACAGAGGGAAAGACUAUAAGCGUCCUCCAAGGUUGAGACCGAAAAACCUUUUGACAAAGAGGAAAGCUUUAGCACGUUCCAUUGAGCUCCAAAGACGCGAGGGUCUUAUCAAACACAUUUCGACGAUGCAGGCGAAAGCAGAACAGCUGAGAGCUGAAAUUGAACAAAUGGAGAAGGUAGAAGAGAAGGGAGAUGAAGAGUUAUACAACAAGCUUGAUGUAGCUUAUGCUUCUAGCGACGAGGAGACAGAAGAAACAGAUGAGGAAGAAGAUGAAGCAUUUCCAGAGACGUAUGCAGAAGGAGAAGAAGGGGAACAAUCUGAAAGAGAUGAUGGAGAUUGGGAUUCAGAUGAAUGUGUAGCUGACGCAGAGGAGCUUCAAACAAAAUUAGAAGAUGUACAAAGCGAGAAAGUUCGUCUGCAACAGCAAACGUAUUGA